UUGACCCCUUCAAAUUUCAUCAAACCACCUUAUUGAUAUACCUACCCUCACUUCUUAGACGGAAGAGUUGUAGAAUUUUGCUCAAAAACAAAAACUUAAAAAAAAGAAGAAGAAAAAAAAGAGAGACGGUAUUCUUCAAGGCAAUAAGCGUCAACAGAAGCAGCAACCUUAAAGGGUUGAAAUCGGGAAAGACAGCAAAUAGUGGAGCUGAAAUGGCUCCGUUGGAGGGUGUGAAGGAGGGAGGAAGUAUGGAAGAAGUAGCUUUGUGUAACUCGCCAGGAAAAUUGAUAUUUGGGAGGUACUCCGAUGCAGAAAUGGUAGCUCAGCUGAAAAAACUUGCGCUAGAUCCUUGUGAUUCGAAUGUAUCACAUCAGGGAAUUCGACCAUUAUGGAAUCAGAUGCUAAGAGUGCGAGAUGUUAUGGCUCUUGCUGAUAAUGACUGUUCGUGGUCUUGCAGAUGUGCAUCUUUUUUCACCUCUAGGUACUCCUUCUCCACGGAGGAGACUAAACUAAGCAUCAAUGAACUGUACUGGAGUAAUGGAGAGAAACAGUUUAAAACACCAAAAUGCAGGAAUUAGUAUGACUGCAGCUGAAAUAUAUGGAAAUUACUUUAGUCGGUGACUUUCUUUUAAGUACUGUUUGUUAUUUAUAAUAAAAAGAUAAUGAUGUAGUCCAAUUAAAUUGCUAAACGAAGUUAAAUUGUGAACGUCGAAUAUUUACCAAAUUGAUAUCAAAUACAAGUUGGAUUAAAGUA